AUGUUGAUAUCUUUGUAUCGGGAUUUCUUAAUUCAUAAAUCAAUUAACAAGAAAUGGUUUACCUUAUUAAAUCAUUUAUUUUUUACGCGGACAAUUAAUAUUUCCAAAAAACAAGACAAUGACAUAAAUAGCCGCAAUAAUAGUCUUUUAAAAGAAGGAAUUGAACUAUAUCCAAGGAUACGUCCCGAUAAAAAGUAUCUAGAAAUUCCUUAUAUCAUCGAUACAUGGAAAGAAGUGUUAAAAAACGGUGAACGUGCUUUAAGUGUUGGAGAAAUUACUAUAAGAGGACGGAUAUUUUCAGUAAGGAUGUCCUCUUCAAAGCUUUUUUUCUAUGAUAUAUAUGCUUCUGGUGCAAAAAUACAAGCAGUUUGCUCACUUCGAGUAUAUAAGGGUGAUCCAUCCAUUUUUUUGAAAAUCAAUCGAAAUUUAAGAAAAGGAGAUGUUGUUGAAAUGGUUGGCAUUUUGGGAAAAACGAAUGUUGGAGAAUUUUCGAUAUUUAUCACAUCGAGAAUACAAUUACUUUCUCCCUGUAUUUAUCCAUUACCAUCUGAAAUAAAAGAUGUCGAAAAACGUUUCGAAAAUAGGCAUGUAGACUUCUUAAUACAUCCUAAAGCAUCUAGCUAUAUGAUUUUACGUUCUAAAAUAUUAACAUAUAUUCGUACGUUUUUAUUAAAUAGAAAUUUUUUAGAAGUGGAAACACCUAUUUUAUCUGGAUUAACUGGAGGAGCAAAUGCUCGUCCAUUUUAUACACAUGCAAAUUCACUUAAAAAGAAAAUUUUUCUUAGAAUUGCACCUGAAUUAUGGCUUAAAAAAUUGAUAAUCGGUGGGUUUGACAAGAUUUUUGAAAUUGGAAAAUGUUUUCGAAAUGAAGGCUUAGAUUCAAAUCAUAAUCCCGAAUUUACAAUGUGUGAAUUUUAUCAGACAUAUGCGUCUUUAGAUGAUUUAAUAGAAAUAACCAAAUCACUUUUAUCUGGUUUAGUUAAGGAAUUAACGAAUAAUUGUCUUCUUAAGGGUAACACUCUUUCUCUUGUGAACAAUGGGUUUUUAAAUAAUUAUAAAAUAUUGGAUUUUAUUCCAUCUCUUGAAAAUUGGUUAAACACACCUUUUCCUAAUUUAGAUUCUCCUUCUGCAAUUUCUGAACUUCUUUCUAUUGCUAGUGAAAAAAAUAUCAUUCUUAAAAAACCUCAUACGAUAAAUCGUAUUUUGGAUCAACUUUCUGACCAAUUUAUAGCUUCUCAGUCCAAUGAACCGACAUUUUUUAUUUAUCAUCCAGAAAUUAUGUCACCACUUGCAAAAUCUUCUCUAAGACAUGGUCAAAAAAUAGCUCAUAGGGGAGAGCUUUAUAUUUUUGGCAAAGAAAUUUGUAAUUUUUAUGAAGAAGAGAAUGCGCCAUCUGAACAGUAUUCAAAAAUGUGUCGUCAACAAGAAGACCGUGAUCAUAAUAGUGACUUUGAUAUACAAAUGAUAGAUUUAGACUAUAUAAACGCAUUAAAAUGGGGUUUGCCACCGACAGGUGGUUGGGGUAUGGGUAUUGAUAGACUUUGCAUGAUUUUAUCUGGUACAUUGAGAAUCAGCGAAGUUCUGUCAUUUGGAAAUCUUCGAAUGACUUGUAUUUCAAAUUUAUCCAACUCACAAAACGAAUAUGAUAAGAAAGAUAAAUGA